CCUGCGAGCGCUGCCUGGCCCGGCGCUGGAGCGCAGGGCGCGGCCAGGGCGGGGUCUCGGGCCGUCUCCUGCAGAUCCCGACUGCAGCCGACCUCCGCGGGUGACUGCGCUGAGCCUGGGGAGUCGCCGCACCCCGCAGACGCCCUGUCCCGUUCCCCGUCUUGCGCACUGGCCGCGCUGGGAUGGAGAGCCUCUGGGGCCUGGGCCAGCCGCGGGCCGGCCUCUGCCUGCUUCUGGCCGCGCUGCUGCUUCUGCCCAGGACGCAGGCCGCCGAUCCCGUGGAUGUGCUAAAGGCCCUGGGCGUGCGUGGGGGCCAGGCUGGGGUCCCCGAGGGACCUGGCUUCUGCCCCCAGAGGGCUCCAGAGGGUGACCGAGCAUUCAGAGUGGGCAGGGCCAGCAAGCUCAGCAUCCCCACACAGGAGCUGUUCCCAGAUGGACACUUUCCCGCGAACUUCUCCAUGUUGAUGACUCUGAGGGCCCAGCAGGCCAAUCAGUCUGUCCUUCUAUCUAUUUAUGACGAGAAGGGUGCCCGGCAGCUGGGUCUGGCACUGGGGCCAGGUCUGGCCCUCCUAGGUGACUCCUUCGACCCCCUGCCCCAGCAGGUCAACCUCAUGGAUGGCCAAUGGCACCGUGUGGCGGUCAGCAUAGAUGGAGACACAGCGACCCUGGUAGCCGACUGUGAAUCUCAGCCCCCUGUGUCGGGCCAGAAGCCUCGAUUCCUUAGCACAGCUGGACUCACUGUUCUGGGGACCCAGGACAUCGGGGAGGAGACUUUUGAGGGAGACAUCCAGGAGCUGCUGAUAAGCCCAGACCCUCAAGCUGCCUUCCGGGCCUGUGAGCAGUACCUGCCUGGCUGUGACAACCUGGACCUCGUGACCACAGGGGCCCCUCAGGGCGAGCCAGAGACCACCCCUCCUCGGCGCAAGGGCAAGGGGAAAGGGAAGAAGAAAGGGCGAGGCCGCAAGGGGAAGGGCAGGAAGAAGAAGGACAAGGAAGCCCUGACCCUGGGAGCACCUGCCGGCUCUCUGGAGAACCAGACCUCUAUGGAUGUCCCCAAGAUUGAGACGCCAGUUCCAACUCUGACUCCAACUCCCACGCCUUUGGUCUUCACCACCACUGUGACUGUGGGCGGCAACGUCACCCUCCUGGAGGGGGGACUGGAUGCUGAAGGUGGAACCCAGCUAGAGACUCCAGAGCUUGAAGGAGAGAGGGAGGAAGAAGAAGGAAGCGGCCCCACCAUGGGUCCUAAGUUCCGGGCAGCAGAACAGCCUUCACAGGCUGAGUUCCAGAUCUUUCCUGGUGUGGGAGAGAAGGGUGCAAAAGGAGAACCUGCAGUGAUAGAGCAGGGGCAAAAAUUUGAGGGACCUCCAGGAGCCCCAGGACCCCGAGGGGUGGUUGGCCCAUCAGGCCCUCCUGGCCCCCCAGGAUUCCCUGGGGACCGCGGCCUACCGGGCCCUGCUGGCCUCCCGGGAAUUCCUGGCAUCGAUGGGAUCCGGGGCCCACCGGGCACUGUCAUCAUGAUGCCGUUCCAGUUCGCGAGCAGCUCCCUCAAAGGACCCCCAGUGUCCUUCCAGCAGGCCCAGGCUCAGGCGGUAUUGCAACAGACUCAGCUGUCCAUGAAAGGUCCCCCCGGCCCAGUGGGGCUCACUGGACGCCCAGGCCCUGUGGGUCUCCCUGGAUACCCAGGUCUGAAAGGAGAAGCGGGAGAAGUGGGGCCACAGGGUCCCCGAGGACUGCAGGGGCCUCCUGGGCCACCUGGUCGAGAGGGCAAAAUGGGCCGCCCUGGAGCAGAUGGGGCCCGCGGUCUCCCGGGAGACACAGGACCUAAGGGUGAUCGGGGCUUUGAUGGCCUGCCAGGGCUGCCUGGUGAGAAGGGCCAAAGGGGUGACUUUGGCCGUGUGGGACAACCUGGCCCCCCAGGGGAGGAUGGUGAGAAGGGAGCAGAGGGACCCCCAGGGCCCACUGGCCAGGCUGGAGAGCCAGGACCCCGUGGACUGAUUGGCCCCAGGGGCUCCCCCGGCCCCCUGGGACGCCCGGGUGUCACCGGAAGUGAUGGUGCUCCGGGUGCCAAAGGCAAUGUGGGUCCUCCAGGAGAACCAGGUCCUCCAGGACAGCAGGGGAACCAUGGGUCCCAGGGAAUUCCCGGCCCCCAGGGGCCCAUCGGCACUCCUGGGGAGAAGGGUCCCCCUGGAAAUCCAGGAAUUCCAGGUCUCCCAGGAGCUGAUGGCCCUCCGGGUCACCCAGGCCAUGAGGGUCCCACAGGAGAGAAAGGGGCCCAGGGUCCCCCAGGAUCGGCAGGCCCUCCAGGCUAUCCAGGAGGCCGCGGCGUGAAGGGUACCUCUGGGAACCGGGGCCUCCAAGGAGAGAAAGGCGAGAGGGGAGAGGACGGUUUCCCUGGAUUUAAGGGUGAUGCAGGGCCCAAAGGUGAUCGGGGGCACCCAGGACCACCAGGUCCCCGGGGAGAGGAUGGUCCGGAGGGGCCAAAGGGGCCAGAGGGUCUGGAGGGAGAGGAGGGCCCCCCAGGGGCAGCGGGGGAGAAGGGCAAGCUUGGGGUGCCAGGUCUCCCAGGUUACCCAGGACGCCCAGGACCUAAGGGAUCUAUUGGAUUUCCGGGGCCCCUGGGACCAUUAGGAGAGAAAGGGAAGCGGGGGAAGGCCGGGCAGCCAGGAGAGGAAGGAGAGCGGGGACCCCCAGGCUCCCGUGGGGAGAGGGGGCAACCAGGCGCCACAGGGCAGCCAGGCCCCAAGGGUGAUGUGGGCCAGGACGGGUCCCCUGGGAUCCCCGGAGAGAAGGGCCUCCCUGGUCUACAAGGCCCCCCAGGAUUCCCUGGGACAAAGGGCCCGCCUGGCCCCCAGGGGAAAGACGGGAUACCAGGGCACCCUGGACCGAGAGGAGAACUGGGCUUCCAAGGUCUGACGGGCCCACCGGGACCAGCCGGUGUCCUGGGUCCUCAGGGAAAGACAGGAGACGUGGGGCCUCUGGGUGAGCGGGGGCCCCCGGGCCCCCCUGGACCUCCCGGCGAACAAGGUCUCCCGGGCUUGGAAGGAAGAGAGGGGGCCAAGGGAGAGGUCGGACCCCUGGGACCUCUUGGGAAGGAGGGGCCACCCGGGCCCAGAGGCUUCCCUGGCCCCCAAGGCGCCCCUGGGGACCCCGGACCCAUUGGUCUGAAGGGUGACAAGGGCCCUCCUGGCCCUGUUGGGGCCAAUGGCUCUCCCGGUGAGCGGGGUCCUGUGGGCCCGUCAGGUGGUAUUGGGCUUCCCGGUCAAAGUGGAGGGCAAGGCCCGGUUGGUCCUGCAGGAGAGAAGGGGUCCCCGGGAGAACAAGGUGCCCCCGGCCCCACCGGCAAAGAUGGGAUCCCAGGGCCCCUGGGGCUUCAGGGACCCCCCGGAGCUGCUGGACCUGCUGGAGAGGAGGGGGACAAGGGAGAAGUGGGUCCCCCUGGUCACAAGGGGAGCAAAGGCGACAAGGGAGAUGCGGGCCCACCAGGACCAACAGGGAUACGGGGUCCUGCAGGACUCCCCGGCCCCCCGGGAGCCGACGGAGCGCAGGGACGCCGUGGACCCCCAGGCCUCUUUGGGCAGAAGGGAGAUGAUGGAGUCCGAGGGUUUGUGGGGCUGAUUGGCCCCCCAGGCCUGCAGGGGCUGCCAGGCCCUCCCGGAGAGAAGGGAGAGGUUGGAGACGUCGGGUCCAUGGGCCCCCAUGGAGCUCCAGGUCCCAGGGGUCCCCAGGGUCCCAGUGGCUCAGAGGGCCCUCCGGGGCCACCUGGAGGAGUUGGUCAGCCAGGUGCUGUGGGCGAGAAGGGUGAGCCAGGAGAUGCCGGAGACCCAGGACCCCCAGGAACUCCAGGCAUCCCAGGGCCUAAAGGUGAAGUUGGUGAAAAGGGGGACUCAGGUCCAUCUGGGGCUGCUGGACCCCCAGGCAAGAAAGGUCCACCUGGAGAGGACGGAGCCAAAGGGAACCCGGGCCCCACGGGGCUCCCCGGAGAUCUGGGGCCCCCAGGAGACCCUGGAGUUCCGGGCAUUGAUGGCACCCCAGGAGAGAAGGGAGACCCUGGUGAUGUUGGGGGGCCGGGGCCGCCGGGUGCUUCCGGGGAACCAGGUGCCCCCGGACCCCCUGGAAAGAGGGGUCCUUCGGGUCGCAUGGGUCGAGAAGGCCAAGAGGGGGAAAAAGGCUCCAAGGGGGAACCAGGUCCCGAUGGGCCUCCAGGGAGGACAGGCCCAGUGGGGGCUCGCGGGCCCCCUGGCCGUGUGGGCCCUGAUGGUCUUCCCGGGAUCCCUGGCCCUGUGGGUGAACCAGGCCUCCUGGGACCCCCGGGUCUGAUGGGUCCUCCAGGCCCCUUGGGGCCCUCUGGCCUACCAGGGCUGAAGGGAGAUGCUGGCCUCAAGGGGGAGAAGGGCCACAUUGGAUUAAUCGGCCUCAUCGGUCCCCCUGGGGAGGCCGGUGAGAAAGGGGAUCGGGGGUUGCCAGGCGUGCAGGGGCCCCCUGGCCCCCAGGGAGACCCUGGGUCCCCUGGUCCUGUUGGCUCUCUGGGCCACCCUGGACCCCCAGGCGUGGCGGGCCCUCUGGGACCGAAGGGCUCCAAGGGGUCCCCGGGAUCGCUUGGUCCCCGUGGAGAUAGGGGACCUCCAGGUCCCCCAGGCCCCCCGGGUCCCCCAGCCGAGCUGCAUGGGCUGCGUCGUCGCCGGCGCUCAGUCGUGGGGGACCCCGAGGGCGGCCUGGAGGAGGUGCUGGCCUCGCUGAAGUCGCUGAGUGUGGAGGUGGAGCAGUUGCGGCGACCUCCAGGGACGGCCGAGCGCCCGGGCCUCGUGUGCCACGAGCUGCACCGCAACCACCCGCACCUGCCAGAUGGGGAAUACUGGAUUGACCCCAACCAGGGAUGCGCCCAGGAUGCGCUCAGGGUUUUCUGCAACUUCACGGCUGGAGGAGAGACCUGCCUCUAUCCCGACAAGAAGUUUGAGGUGGUGAAGCUGGCCUCCUGGUCCAAGGAAAAGCCUGGAAACUGGUACAGCACAUUCCGCCGAGGAAAGAAGUUCUCCUACGUGGACGCCGAUGGGUCCCCGGUGAACGUGGUGCAGUUGACCUUCCUGAAGUUGCUGAGCGCCGUGGCCCGCCAGAGCUUCACCUACUCCUGCCAGAACUCCGUGGCCUGGCUGGACGAAGCUGCGGGGGACCACGGCCGCUCCCUGCGCUUCCUCGGCACAAAUGGGGAAGAGCUGUCCUUCAACCAGACGACAGCGGCCAGCAUCAGAGUUCCCCGCGACGGCUGCCGGCUCCGGAAGGGACAGGCGAAGACCCUCCUGGAGCUUAGCUCUUCCCGAGCCGGCUUUCUGCCCCUGUGGGACGUGUCCGCCCUUGACUUUGGCCAGACGAACCAGAAGUUUGGGUUUGAACUGGGGCCUGUCUGCUUCAGCAGCUGAGAGUCUAGUGGGUGGGAAGGACAGCGAGGGAGCCCUGGACGGGGCCCACUUGGUGCGGAGGCUUUGAAGCCACCGUGUUUAUCAUCUCUUGGGACUCUGAGCCAGGAGGUGUGACUCCGCUGGUCAAGGUCAAACAAUACUCCUCCCUUUUGGGGGUUGAGGGAUGGACUCCUUGGCCCAAGGGCUCAGGCGUUCCCCCCUUCCGGGUGGCGCAGGUGCAUUCUGGCCCUUCCCCUCCUCCAUCUCACUCACCCCUCAACUCCUACCCAUGAACCCCCUGUGCAGUGAGCUUCUAACUCCGAGUCACAUGCCCCCCUCUGCCCGCCCCCGCCCCUCAGUCAGUGCCCCCAACACUCCUUGGUGCUCCUCUGCCCCAUAGUUAAGCACUGGAUGUCUCCUGAUCCCAUCUGGGACCUCUUCCCUCAUUCUCAUUCCCACGUGGGUUCACAGUGAAGGGACUGAAGUCAGACUACAGAGGGAAGUUGGACUUCCCUGGACACAGCUGUGUAUUCCUUGCUGCCUCAGCCCAGCCCCCACCUCCCAUUCCCCCAAGCUUACCUCGCCAUGCCAGGUGGUUUGUGGAUCAAGAUGGUGGGGACGAAUCAGGAUCCUAAUGGUGCUGCCCUAUUUAUACCCGGGUGUGUAUUAAAAGGGAAAAGCCCCUCUGUUGUAUAUUUAAUCUGCUUCCUCUUCAGGAAGGCUGGGAAAUGAUGAGAGAGAUUCCCGCACAACUCCACUCUUCCCCAUCCCAGGCCCCUAGGGCAAAAUUGGCAUCUCAAGUCUGAGAAUAAACCACGGAACUGUG